AUGAGACAGAUCACAGCAUGGCCCCCCGCCGUGGCCUGCUACUCGAUGCUAGCGCCUGCUCUAAGAUGCGCCGUGGGAGGCCCAAGGACGCUUGAGAAGGGAAAGCGCCGUCCCGUGCGCGCGAUGUGGGGAAUCGCGCUCAUCGGGGAAAUUGUGGAUCGAAACCCUGGGGGAUUCUUUGACAUGAAAGAGUACGAGGGAGCUGCAUGGCCGUGGGGGUUGGACUGGCCCGUUGGCCGCGAUGGCCAUGCGGAGAUGAUGGGGAAUGGGCUCGGCGGCCGAGUGUAG